AUGAUGUGCAACGUCAAGUUCGUAGCCACCUUCGCCGGCCUCCUUGCCUCGGUGAGUGCCGGCCCCAGCGUCCGACUCGGAAACGGCCUCACGGUCCAGGGCCGGAUCGCCUCCGACGCCCCCAAGGUGGCCGAGUUCCUGGGCAUCCCCUACGCCGCGCCGCCCCUCGCCGACCUGCGAUGGGAGCCUCCACAGCCCUACGUCGUCCCGCAAUCAAGCUCUCUCUUCGCCAAUGGUACCGUGCUCAACGCUACCUCUCUCCCCCCUUCUUGCUGGCAGUACAUCUCCAUCCACCCGGCCAUCCAGCGCGUCGAUGUCCCCGAGUUCAUGAUCGGUGACGCCGGCAUGGACGAGGACUGCCUCACCGCCAGUGUUUGGGUCCCCACCGACGCCGUUCCCGCCGGCAAGCAGACCGAGACCGAGGGCGAAGGUGAGGGUCUUCCGGUCAUCAUCUGGUUCUACGGCGGCGGCUUCGAGACGGGUGGCACCGACGUGCCCUAUCAGAUGCCGCAGAACUGGAUCCAGCGCUCGCAGUCGCACAUCCUGGUCACUUUCAACUACCGCAUGAAGCUCUUCGGCUUCCCCAACUCGGCGGCCCUCGAGGAGCAGAACCUCGGCCUGAUGGAUCAGCGCUUCGCUGUCGAGUGGAUCCGCGAUAACAUCGCCCAGUUCGGUGGCGACCCGGACCGCAUGACCAUCUGGGGCCACUCGGCCGGCGCCGUCGCCGUUGAUUACUACAGCUUCGCCUACGCCGAGGACCCCAUCGUCCGGGGCCUUAUCAUGGACUCCGGCACGGCCCACCUGGACCAGCUAAUGAACCACGACGCCAGCCACUCCAACUUCACUUUCGUUGCCCAGCAGUUGGGCUGCGGGAACCUGACCGACGCCGCCGCCGAGCUGGCAUGCAUGCGCAAGAUUCCUGCCGAGAAGCUUGAGCGUUUUGUGGCCGACUACAAGGACUCCGAGGUCUCGCCCUCAAUUGGUUUCUCUCCUCAGGUCGACAACAAGAUCGUCUUUGCCAACUACACGGAGAAGGCCGCCCUUGGGGAGAUGUCUGACUUGCCCGCCAUCAUCGGCUUCAACGCUGCCGAGGGUCUCUUCCUCGCCCCCUACGAUGCCGAGAACGGCCCUGAUCCCGCCGUCGCCGACAGCUUGUCCUACACCUUCUUCUGGUGUCCUACCACCAAGACCACCAACGAGCGCCUGGCCGCCGGCAGGACGACGUACCGCUACUACUACUCGGCUGUCUUUAACAACACGUCCCCGCGCCCGUGGAUGGGCGCUUACCACGGCAGCGAGCUCCCCAUGAUCUUCGGGACGCACGCCGACUUCCGCGGCAACUCGACGGCCUUCGAGUACGAGCUGAGCCACGUCAUGAUGGACGCCUACGCCGCUUUCGUCAAGGACUCGACGGCCGGCCUGGACGCCAUCGGAUGGCCUGCUUACACGGCUGACAGUCGCCUGGUCCGCAGCUAUGGCGAGAACAACAACGUCACCGCCGGCCGGCGGACUCUUUCUGCUAUCGAGGACGAGUGCGCUGCUUUGGGGCUGUUGUAG